UAAAUAAGAAAACUGGGCGGGACUGGCGGGAGAAGCUCAGGAGGCUGAGUCAAGCUCUGUAACCAUGGAGACAAGGAAACCAAAAUACAGACAAUGGAAACAUGAGCGACUAACAGGUGGACAGAGAUAACGUUACUCGUAAUAACACUGCAUAUCUGAUUUACAACAUUUCCUGAAAAGUAUGCAAUGGAUAAGUACGAGAACGUUCUUUCGAUUGGCCGGGGAUCAAGUUCAGUGGUGUUUCUGAUGAAACACAACAUAUCAAAGAAACUAUAUGCGGUUAAAAGGAUAGAGAUUGUAAACUCUCGGAAAAGUAGAACCAAAGAGGCUGUGCUGCAAGAAGCCGAAAUACUGAGGAAACUCAGGCAUCCCCAUGUUGUUGCAUGCAACAAUAAUUUCUUCGAUUCGAACGAUGAAUUCAUCUACAUUGUGAUGGAUUACUGUGAUGGCGGGACCUUAGAUGAUCGAGUCAAAGAGAGAAAAGAGGAAGAAUAUUUUGAAGAACAUAUUGUCAUGGCUUGGUUUGUACAGCUUGCCAUGGCAGUGAAUUUUAUACAUUCAGCAAAAAUCCUUCAUCGGGAUAUCAAGACCUCCAAUGUCUUCCUAACAAAGAGAGGCGUGGUGAAACUAGGUGAUUUUGGAAUAUCAAAAGUGAUGAAGAACACAUUAGACAUGGCCAGCACUUGUGUUGGAACACCAAGCUAUAUGAGCCCAGAACUUUGUCAGGAUGUCCCUUAUAGUUCCAAAUCUGACAUCUGGGCUCUUGGAUGCUUGCUGUUUGAAAUAUGCACCCUCAAACCACCAUUUAAUGCUAAGAACCUCAUUAGUUUGUUUUACAAGAUUGUCAAAGGGGAGUACGGCAAGAUUCCUGAGGUGUACUCUGAAAACCUCUUCACUAUGAUUAAAAAGAUGCUUUGCUUAACUCCAGAGGACAGACCCAGUGCUAGCUGCAUCCUGAACAUAGACUAUGUGCUGGAGCACCUUGGACAGUUCAUUAAGCACCAAGAGACCCAGCUAACAAAGUGCAGUUCUGUUGCCAGACAUGGUCAGAGAAGCGACUGUGUCAGUUGUGAUUCCCCAGCUGUGGAACACAAGAGUAAAGCUACAACCCAACCCAAUGAAUUUGUGAGAUAUGGCAAGAGCAGAGUGCAUUCAGCCCCACCAAAACUGCAGGAGGAAGUGGAGGAGGAGUCUAUCCUGAGGAGUGAUGGGAGAGGGGAAGAGGGGAGUGUGGGCGAGCCCUCCGACUACUCCGAAGACUUUGAGGAACAAGACAGCUUGUCUUCCAUUGAGGAGAACAUUGUAGGAGAAUCCAUGGCUGUGGUGGGUGGGCACAGUGGGGAGAUAUCAGAAGAACUGGAAGCUGUUCGUGAUGAGGUGGACCUCAGUGAGUACCCAGAUGACUUUGAAGAUGCUGAUGAUGAGGACCUGGUAGAGGUGGUCUGCAAUGCCAGGUGUGCCAUGGAGCUGACAGCAGAGAAUGAUGCUUUUGAGGAGGAGCUACAGCAAGGAGAAGGGGGCAGGUUGUCUGAAACCAUAAAGACCCUGCGAGAAAAAUGUGUGGAGGAUGUUGGAACCAUGCUGUACGAGGAGAUUAGCUCACAUUUCCUUAAAGGUCUGACCCCAGACGACCUGCAGCCACACUUUAAACACAGGUUAGGGCCGGACCACCUAGAAACCUGCUACAUCAUAUUCAACAUGGACCAAGAGACAUCAUAGACAAUCUGCCUUGACUAUUCAGAGAGAAAAAGGAAAUAUAUCCCAAUAAGUAUCAUGGGGAUUAAUGGUAUGGGGUUGAUUUCUAAUGCGUAUUAAUUUGUCGUUUUCAGUUAUUUUGAAAACAGUCAUAAGGACAGCUUUAAUAUUUAGUUGAUGAUUUGGGAUUUGUAAAUUAUUCAAAUACACGAUGAAAGUAUUCCAAAGGGCUUAUUUUAGCUGUGUAUAACAGUCCCAAAAUAGACAACUAGACUGUUGAAUUAAAUGGUGCAUCAUAUAUCGUAAGAUUGGCUUAUUUUUUUAAGCUCAACUUUUCCUUUGUACUGAGAGAACUUGGAAUACUGAGAGAUUCUGAGAUGUAGAAACCUGUUAUAGAAACUUUGUGAAGUAAUACAUUUUUGUUUGUUUAUAGAUUGUCAGUAAUUUAUUUAUUAGGUACUGUAUGUUGGUUUGUGCAUAAAUAAACAAUUUCAAGUGUACAUGACUGCUGCACAGAGUACA